AUUGCCGAGAGAGAGAAAACACAGAUUGUUCAUCAUCGUCAAGCACCACGACAUCUUGUUUCAGUCAAGCAUUACCGAUGAUACAGCAAGCGAACGGUGGUGACAGUCUCCAGCAUGACUUGAAUCAUUGAUUUCUUACGUCUGAAGAAAAUUGGCUUCUUACCAACAGGAUUCUAAGGAAUGACCUUCCAUUUGUUGUAGAAUGAGCGGAUCCUAUUUUUUUAUUUAAAAAACAGCCAACAAUGGUUUACGCCCAGGAAAUGGAUAACAUCAAACCCUCCCUGGAUUCAACCCUUCUAACAUUCCUGUUGUUCCACAAUUCCAGUCAAAGAGAGAAUUCCACACCCCCAGCUUUCGUCAACCUUGUGGAUUACAGUAGGAACACCUCGUAUAUUCCAACUUAUGAGCUCACAGCAGGAGAGGUGGCAGCAACCAGCCUGGUCUUUGGAAUAUUAUGGCUGUUGUCUGUUUUUGGGAACGCGCUUGUUUGCCUGGUGAUCCAUCGCAGUCGUAGGACUCAAUCCACCACUAACUACUUUGUGGUUUCCAUGGCCUGCGCAGAUCUGCUCAUCAGUCUGGGCAGCACCCCGUUUGUGCUUCUGCAAGUGACUUCCGGCCGCUGGAUGCUGAGCAGUGCGAUGUGCAAGCUGGUGCGCUACAUCCAGUAUCUUUCCCCUGGUGUUCAGAUCUACGUCCUGCUCUCGAUCUGCAUGGACAGGUUCUACACCAUCGUCUACCCCUUAAGCUUCAAAGUGUCCCGGGAGAAAGCCAAGAAGAUGAUCCUAGCUUCCUGGAUCUUCGCUGCUGCCUUUGUGGCCCCCAGCUUUUUUUUCUAUGGCUCUGAUAAUCAUUGCAACUUCUUCCUCCCAGGCACGUGGGAAGGGAUCUUCUAUGGCAUGGUCCAUCUGCUGGUGGGAUUUCUGGUCCCUUCCACACUGAUCAUCUUGUUUUAUCAGAAGGUUGUCAAGUACAUCUGGAGAAUAGGCACUGAUGGCAGGACAGUAAGGAGGACCAUGAAUAUAGUCCCGAGGACUAAAGUUAAAACAAUCAAAAUGUUCUUGAUGCUCAAUUUAGUGUUUUUGAUUUCCUGGAUGCCUUAUUACAUAGCUCAGCUCUGGCACCCGAAAGAGAUGAAUUUGAGACAGAACUCCCUGGUUUUCAUGGCCGUCACCUGGAUAUCUUUCAGCUCUUCGGCCUCCAAACCCACUCUUUACUCCAUCUACAAUGCUAAUUUCCGGCGUGGCAUGAAAGAGACCUUUUGCACGUCCUCUAUGAAAUGCUAUCGGAGCAAUGCCUACACCAUCACCACAAGCACAAGGAUGGCAAAAAAGAACUAUGUGGGAAUAGCAGAAAUUCCAGCAGCUGCAAAGACUAUCACCAAAGACUGUAUAUAUGACACCUUUGAUAGAGAAGCGAAAGAGAAAAAACUGGCCUGGCCUAUCAAUUCAAACCCACCUAAUACAUUUGUGUGAAAUCUAGAAACUAGCUCUUGACAAGUGAUAUGCACAAUGUGAAUAACAACAACAAUAUACUAUUUUUUGGCCUUGUUUAGAAUGUGCAGAUCCAUCCUGUUUUAAAACAAAACAGCAAUUCUAAGAGUCUCUGGUGGGUAUAAUAGGGUUAAGAAAGUAUAGUUAUUGGAAUGUAAAGACAGAUGGACCAAGGGGAUUUGCUGCCAUUCUGCCUUGAUCCUCCUUCUACUGAGGAGGAACCAAGGCCAGAUAAGGGAAGAAGAGAACAUUUUAUGAAAGGCAACCUCCUUGAAGAAGAUGGAUUCAGUUGGAAAGAGGGGAGCUGGAGCCACACUCCUGAAUUACAAGAAGCCGUCAGCUACUCCGACCUGCAACCUGUUGUUUUUAGUUUAAAUGAUUGAUGUUUUAGAAUAAAAUAGGGGGAAAACAUUACUCACAUCAAAAUUGUACACUUCAUCAUAAGUCAGAUGCUACAGUUUUGCUAAAUGUAUUUAUAAUUCACUGCCUUGUUUUUUUUUUUAAUUUACAUUUUUAAUUAUGAAGCUGUCUUAUUUUUGUGAUGCCAUUUAAUGCUGCUAAAACGAGUACUCAUCCCAAACCUAAAGAACUGCAUGUAAAUAGAGGAAUAUAAUUCAUGUUUUAUACACAAUUAAAGUUCAUCUUGAGAUUCAGUAGCAUUUUAUGCUCCUACAAAAUGUCCUUUUUCUCUGUCUUACACUUUGG